AUGAGGCCAUCCGUUCUUCCGCGACAUCUCAGUCGUCGCAUAAACCCCUCAUCGCUAUCGCGAAACCUCGCAACCCCGUCGCAAUAUCUCCAACGACCAACGAUACCAUCAUCAACAUUACCAACCACCAGAAAGCCGUAUCUAGCAAACAUCGAAACACUCCGAUCCUUCCAUCUCCCUUCCAUAUCAUCUCUACUCUCAAACAAUGGUAACGGCAACAACAAUGGCCGCACCCUUACCGCCACCCGCACCCUUCCUUACGCCCCGGAAUCCCUGUACAAGGUGAUCUCCUCGGUGGAAUCCUACUCCCAAUUCCUCCCCUUCCUCACAGCCUCAACGGUGACCCACCGCGAUCCAGAAACAGGGUACCCCAGCCGCGCCUUCCUGACUGUCGGCUACGGGCCGUUGAGUGAAACGUUCACAUCUCGGGUCGAUUGCGACCGGACUCGGUGGAUCGUUGAAGCGCGCAGCGGGGCCAAAUUCGGGAUUGAUUCCAAAGACGGGCAGGCAGGUGGGAACUUCCCUGGGGCGAAUGAGGGUAUUUUCGAAUAUUUGAGCACGAAGUGGGAGUUGGUGCCGGUGCAGAGUGAUAAGCCGAUGACGAAAGUUGACUUGGAAAUUCAGUUUGAGUUCCGAAAUCAGUUGCAUGCGGCUAUGAUGAGCGCUGUUGAGGGGCAGAUGGCUGGUAUUAUGAUCGAGGCUUUUGAGAAGAGGAUUAGAGAUAUCGAGGGAAGGAGGUAG